AAAACUUUAAAAAAAAAAAUUAAUUUGAAUAUUAGUGUUAAUGUAUUUUAAAACCAGAUUUCAUUUUUAAUGUCGUAUAUACAUAACUAUAUUAUGUAUGGGUGAACACGCGCAAAUAUAAUAUUCGGCAAAUAAAAUCUAUAUAAAUUUAUUUUUUUAUUAAAUAUAAAGUGAAAAGCAAAAUGUGUAAAAUAUUGAUAUUUUUAACAAAUGUGUUAUUAAUUUUUUUGACAAACCUUAACGAUAUUUUAGCUGCAACAAAAUGUCGAACGCCAUCUCCUGAAAAUGAGAACGGUUGGUGUGUGCCAACAUCACAAUGCAAAAUUAUAAAUGAUAUUAGUGGGGUGGCAUUAAAUGCAUUUCCAUCAGAGUAUCAAACGUUCAUAGAAAACUCAAAAUGUGCAGAUGAUUCGGAACAGCAAUUUUGCUGCACUUUAAAACAUAUUAAUCCUGAGUAUGCCAGAAAAAAUUUACUAACUGAAAAUGUGCAAGUUAAACCGGUUAUUCCUGCUAGAAUACCAACUAUUCCAAACGUAAAUCGUGCAGAUAUUUCAGAUGUUGAUUUACACCCAAACUUAAAUUUAUUACCUGCUGAAUGCGGCCUAAUGAAAGAUGAGUUUAAAGUAUCAUUUGGAGAAAUCACAGGACUAAGAGAGUUUCCAUUUAUGGCAUUACUUCAGUUUGAUGUAGAAAAACCAUAUUUUGGCUGUGGUGGAACACUUAUAAAUGAGAAAUAUGUUUUGACUGCUGCUCAUUGUGUGCGUUCUACUUUGUUUAGUGUCCGACUGGGAGAACACGACGUCAAUACUGAUAUGGAUUGUGUAAAAGAUGAGGAGGAAGAAAGUGGAUUUGAUUGCAAUGAUCCUGUUCAAGAUAUUCCAAUAGAAAGCAAAACUGUACACUCAAAGUUCGAUAGAUUUAAGGCAGAAAACGAUAUUGCGUUGUUACGACUAACACGUUCAGCAGAUGUUAAAAGAAACAAUGUCUAUACAAUAUGUUUGCCGACAAAUGCUGAACUAAGAAACACAGUUUUUAAUACAGGACAGUUAAGUGGUUGGGGUACAACAGAAAAAGGAAACGUAUCGCAUGUACUACUAAAAGGCACACUUGACAUUAAUACACAAAGACCACAAUGUGAAGACUUCUAUUCUAAAACUUAUUCUAUAGAUGUAAAUGAAAAGUUAAUAUGUGCUGCUGGUAAAAACAAAGUUGAUAGUUGUAAAGGUGAUUCUGGUGGACCAUUAUUUCAACAAAAACAACUAAAAAUUGGUGAAACAAAAAAAUUUCUUCAAUUUGGAAUUGUAGCAGCUGGUCCUGGAAUUGAAUGUGGUAGCGUUAUAGAAAGUGGUGGAUCGAUUUAUACCAACGUUCCAAGAUAUAUGAAAUGGAUUUUAGAUAAUAUCAAACCAUAACAUGUACUAAUAUUAAUUAAAUAGAUUAAUUUUGAAUCGAAGAA